AUGCCCGAAGAGUUAUCAUACCGCAAUCCUAACGGUCUGCAACCAUUUUCUAUGUUUACCGAGGAUUAUCUUAAGCGGGGAACGAUUCAUUAUAACAUACCUCCUGUGAGACUAGAGAGGGAAACGCUAGAGAGCGUGGUUGUCGAACCGAAGUACUGGCACGGUUACACAGGAGCUAAAACGUUUUUCACACAUCAACCACUCCCGUCAACGACAAGAUUUUCCGUUUAUGGCGGUACUACGCCCAGUAGAAUAUCUAUCAAAUCGUACAUACCCUCAGUGGAACCAGCAAUACAAGAUACUGCAUGUGGAAUACCAUAUAACGUCACAUCAGCAGCGGCACUGCACGGAGCAUCGGCUAUGGGAAGACCGCAGAGACCUCAAAUACAUCCCAUGCAAAUUGACGUACCUGAUUCACGUCUAUGGCGUUUCGAUGGACGCAAUCAUACCUUCAAGGUUUAG